AUGACGUCGACCGCCGCCAAGAUCCUCAAGAAUGCCACUUCGGGCGUGCUGCGCCUGGGCAUGAUGCCCGCAGACGGCAUUGGACGCGAGGUGCUCCCUUGCGCGCAGCGUGUGCUCCAGAACACGCCCGGCGCACCCAAGUUUGAGUUUGUGCACCUCGACGCUGGCUUCGAGCACUUCCAGAAGACCGGCUCGGCGCUUCCCGAGGAGACCGUGCGUGCACUCAAGGACGACUGCCACGGAGCCAUGUUCGGCUCCGUCUCGAGCCCGUCGCACAAGGUCGAGGGCUACAGCUCGCCCAUCGUCAAGCUCAGGAAGGAGCUCGACCUGUACGCCAACAUUCGCCCCGUCAUCGGCGUGCGCGGCACCAAGGACGACGACAAGUUCAUCGACAGCGUCAUCAUUCGCGAGAACACCGAGUGCCUGUACAUCAAGUCCGAGACGAGCGAGAGCGGUCCGGACGGUCAGAUUGCGCGCGCCAUCCGCCAGAUCACCGAGAAGGCUUCGACGCGCAUCGGCAAGAAGGCGUUUGAAGUCGCGAUUGCGCGCAAGGAGCUGCGCAAGGUGAACCAGCCGUCGUACGAGCCUACCGUGACGAUCUGCCACAAGUCCAACGUGCUGAGCGUCACCGACGGUCUCUUCCGCACCUCGGUCCGCGGCGUGUACGAGAAGGACCAGAAGGCCAACGGAGGCGCCGGCCGAUACGAGGGCGUCAAGCUCAACGAGCAGCUCGUCGACUCCAUGGUCUACCGCCUCUUCCGCGAGCCCGAGGUGUUUGACGUGGUCGUGGCGCCCAACCUGUACGGUGACAUUGUCUCGGAUGCUGCCGCCGCCCUCGUGGGCUCCCUUGGCCUCGUCCCCUCCGUCAACGCCGGCGACAACUUCUUCAUGGGCGAGCCGGUCCACGGUUCGGCGCCCGAUAUCGCGGGUCAGGGCAAGGCGAACCCGAUCGCCUCGAUCCGCUCCGCCGCCCUCAUGCUCGAAUACAUGGGCUACACCGAGCCUGCGCUCAAGAUCUACACGGCCGUCGACCAGGUCAUCCGCGAGGGCAAGUACCUCACCCCAGACCUCGGCGGAUCCGCCACCACCACCCAGUGCGAAGAGGCCAUCCUCAAAAAGAUCAACGCCUAG